GCUGGAACACGGACGCUGCAGUCCGCUUCCCCGUCUUUCCCUCUCCGAUCCGUGAAAUUUCCUGAACAACUUUGAGUUUUAUCCGUGGAUUGCGUUUUUUGCACCUCGGUCUGGGAGCGACCGUACCUCGAUCACGCAAAACGGACAGAAGGCAAGCAUUUAAACACAGUUUUGUUUAAAAAAAAAAAGGACUGGGAUUUUUCUUGGAUGUUGUCCUGAGUACGACUGCGUACGAGCUAGCCAAGCUAAAUCCGGGAGAAAUUGUUUGGCGGAACGAGGGGCGACCCGAGGGGCCGUGCGUGGAGAUGCCGGCAGCAUGGCGAUAGCGGAGGCAUGGAUGUGACAUGAGGGGGCGUUCUCGCUGCCACACAGGUGACCCGAAAGCGGGAGCGGGCCCUUCCCACUGACCGCCUCUGCACGAAAGAGCCAGACGGGAUAGCGGUGCGGAGAUGGACGAGGCGGCGCUGCUGGACCUGCUGGAGUGCCCGGUGUGCCUGGAGCGCCUGGACGCCUCGGCCAAGGUGCUGCCGUGCCAGCACACCUUCUGCCGGCGCUGCCUGCAGGGCAUCGUCAGCUCCCGCGGCGAGCUGCGCUGCCCGGAGUGCCGCACGUUGGUGGACACGGGCGUGGACGAGUUGCCCAGCAACAUCCUGCUGGUGCGGCUGCUGGACGGCAUCAGGCAGAGGCCCCGGCGGCCAGGCGGCCCAGGGGGGCCUGGUACCAGCGGUGCCAACGGCGGCGGAGGAGGCACGGCCAGGGGGCAGAGGGAGCAGGGCAACACUGCCACACCCCUGCAGAGGGUCCAGGCAAAGAGCACCCCGGUCAGGGGUAUGCCCCAGCUCCCUUGCGCGAAGGCUCUGUAUAACUACGAUGGCAAAGAGCCUGGCGACCUCAAGUUCAGCAAGGGUGACAUCAUCAUCCUGCGCCGGCAGGUGGAUGAGAACUGGUACCAUGGGGAGAUGGGCGGGGUCCACGGCUUCUUCCCCACCAACUUCGUCCAGAUCAUCAAGCCCCUCCCCCAGCCGCCACCCCAGUGUAAGGCGCUAUAUGACUUCGAGGUCAAGGACAAGGAGGCUGACAAAGACUGCCUGCCCUUCUCCAAGGAUGAUAUCUUGACUGUGAUUCGCAGAGUGGAUGAGAACUGGGCAGAGGGAAUGCUGGGAGAUAAAAUAGGCAUCUUCCCCAUAUCAUACGUGGAGUUUAACUCUGCAGCAAGGCAGCUGAUCGAGGUGGACAAGCCCUCAGAGGGGGGCGGGGACUUGGGCGAGGGUACUUCGGCAGUUGCCCAGAGCAACGGGACACAGAAGGCCAGUGAGGCCAAGAAGAACACCAAGAAGCGGCACUCGUUCACCUCCCUCACCAUGUCCAGCAAGACGUCGCAGGCCACACCCAACCGCCACUCUAUGGAGAUCAGCGGCCCCGUGCUCAUCAGCUCCAGCAACCCCACGGCCGCUGCCCGCAUCAGCGAGCUCACGGGGGGCCUCUCCAGCAGCGCACCCUCCCAGGUCCACAUCUGCACGACCGGACUGAUCGUGACUCCACCUCCAAGCAGUCCCGUCACCACGGCAACGGUGUUCACCUUUCCGACAGAGACUAGCUACGUGCCCAUCCCAGUGGAUGGGCUCCCUCCUCCCCCUCCUCCUCCCCCACAGGCCUCUGCUGUCGGAGCUGCAUCCUCAUUGGCUGUAGGACAGAGACCCUCCCCUGGUGCCAGCGAGCAGAGCAGCAGACAGCGCCCCACUGUGUAUGUGGCGAUGUUCCCCUACUCUCCCAGAAAGGAAGAUGAGUUGGAGCUGAGGAAGGGAGAGAUGUUUCUGGUUCUGGAGCGAUGUCAGGACGGCUGGUUUAAGGGGACCUCCAUGCACACUGGCAAGAUAGGAGUGUUCCCUGGGAACUACAUGAGUCCUAUUAGCAGGACUGGCUCUGGCUGCACCCAGCCCAAGGUUGCCAUGGCGAUGAGCACGCAGGCCGGCCGUGGUGUGACCAUCGUCAGCCCCUCCUCCCCGCUGGGGGCCUCGGCAGGGGGGCUGGACCCCGGUAAGCCCCUGCCCUCUGGCCCAGCCCCAGCCUGCUCCCCGCCCACUGCUGUGGUUCCAGCCCCCCACCUGCCCCCUGGCCAGCAGCCUAAAGCGCUGAUGCACAUGAGCGGCCAGAUGACUGUGAACCAGGCGCGCAAUGCCGUCAGGACAGCUGCCUGUCAAGGCCAGGAGCGUCCCACAGCUGCAGUCACGCCCAUCCAGGCCCAGACACCUGUGGCGUACCUGCCUCACCUGGCCCCUGCCCAACCGUCGCUCGCCCUGCCCCCUGGCUCCGCCCGCACGGGCGUGGCUCUCAGCUGUGCUGCCGCCUCUCUCACCCCGCCCAACGUGAGCGCUGCCUCGCUGGAGGGUGAGGCUGCCCCGAGGCCCGUGGCCGUGCUGGCGGUGCCCGUCACGCCCGGCGGGAUCACCCCCAGCGGGGCCAUGCCCACUCUCACCUGUCGCCUGGACAAGGACAAGCAGAAGGAGAAGAAGGGUAUUCUGAAACUGCUGUCGGGUGCUUCCAACAAGAAGAAGCUGCGCCCCUCCCCGCCCUCGUCCCCCACGCCCGAGUCCGAGCAGACUUCUGCGGGGGAGGGGCUGCAGGGGGCCGUGGGGCCGGAGGUCAGCACCCCCGUCGCUGCAGGGAACCACGGACGUGCUGGGCCCUGCCCUGCGGAGGCGGACCCUGCCUCUUCCUCCCCCUCCCUCUCUUCAUCCUCCCCCUCCCUUUCCUCAUCCUCUUCCUCUGCGGAGUCCUCUCACCGAAAGAGCAGCUCCGUGGACACUGCCGCCCCCAUCGCCCCCCCACCCCGCCAGGCUUGCUCCUCCCUCCUGUCCCUGCAGCAGGAUGCCCGACCAAUCGUGUGCGAGAGGUACAGGGUGGUGGUGUCCUACCCCCCUCAGAGCGAGGCGGAGCUGGAGCUGAAGGAGGGCGACAUCGUCUUCGUGCACAAAAAGCGUGAGGAUGGCUGGUUCAAAGGAACCCUGCAGCGCAACGGCCGCACCGGCCUCUUCCCUGGCAGCUUCGUGGACAGCGUCUGAGCUGGGGAGUGGAGGACACGCGUGGACACGUGGACACACGUACACACGCACACGCGUACACACACGCACGACAUGUAUA